AUGGAAGCUAAUAAUUUUAUUGCAAAGAUUAAAGUUAGUGGUGUUGAUAAUGAUAACUAUAACAUCGGUGAAAGUUUAGCUGAAUACCUGGAGAUAGUGGAUAAAUUAUCAUCAAAAGAUAAAAGCACAUUUUCACUGAACGUCCUGUGUAUUUUGUGCAGGAAUCUAGACAAAGUCCCCAAAUGGCGGGACAGUAUCGACAACACGGAACUUCUGAGGCUCAGUAUACAAUGUUUAAGACACACUCGAUCAUUAGAAGGGUCAGAACAUCAAGUUAAAAUGUUAUCUUGUAUAUAUCAUAUACAUAAGCACAUUGUAAGACAAACUUCUUCAGUACCACCAGAACUUGUUCUAAAACUUUCUUUUAUGCCAUUUGAGUUUGAUCAUAGUAACUUACUGAAAGAUUAUUGUAAGACAUAUUGGAGUAUUUUAUGUGACAGACUAACAUAUAUAGAAAAAUUAAAAACUUUAAACAUGCCUAUAGUCAAAUUGCUGUUAAAAUUAACAGAAGAUAUCAUAAAAACUAUUAAUAUAUAUGAUACAGUGCAAUUUUGUACCAACUUGCUACAGUUUCUUAUUAAAAAAGUCCAUUUUAUAUUUAAUGAUUGGCCAAAAGAUCUCAACAAUAUGUUUGGACAGAUAUUUGACUGUGUUUCCAAGAAAGACUUAAAAAGCUUUAAAAGCCUACCAGAAAAAGAAUGUUUAGACUUAUAUGUGAAGCUUAAUGAUAUUUUGUAUAUAGUAACGGAUAAUUCGUUAAGAAAUAAUUUUAAUCACUCAGUCUUAGAUAUAGUAACGAGAGUGUGUAUUUCCCUUCUCGGACAUCGUCCGGACAUGUUUCAUUGUUUCCAAACCUUUUAUUUGAACUCUUUCUGCUGUAUCUUUAAAGAUAAAACUAAUUCUACAUUAAUAGAAAAUGUUCUAAACAGUUUAUUGGUGUCAUGUCAAAUGACAGAGAAAUUAGGCUAUAAACACACUCUAUACAUGACAUAUCCUUUUAUUAGUCAACUUGUAAGGCUGUUUAUAGAGGAUAUAGUAAACGAGAAGGACUGUAAAGACUAUUUUAACGAGACUGUACAAGAGAAUUGUCUGAUAUUGAUGCAGUUUUUAAUAAAAAAAAUGGAGAAAACAAAUCAAUUGUUGAAAUGCGAGAAUUGUAAGGCAAAGUCUGGUUUGCACGAUGCAUUGCGUUUGUCGUUUCUCGUUAAACAUUUCGUAACGAUAUCAACAAAUAACGGGAUUGUUAUAAAGAAUUACUUAUCCAUCUAUUAUGAAAUAGUUGAACAACAGUAUGCAAUUUUGAUUGAUUUAAGAAAACUAGAUUGUUUUAACCACGAGAAAUAUUUUAGAAAAUUACAAACAGACGUACACAAUACAGCAAUUUUGUUGAAUAAAUGCCAAUUUUAUGAUUUUUCCAUUAAGUUAUUUGAAUUAUACUUAAAAAAUGAAUUGAAAAAUAUAAGAAGUGAUGCAGAAUUAAAAAAUAUAAGCCGAGCUUUGUAUAAUAAAAGUAUAUGUGAAUUGGAUUUCAAAUUGUAUAAUGAAUCAUUGCAAAAUGCUUAUUUGAGCCUGAUUUUCUCUCUACCUGGUUUGAAUUCUGAGAAAUACAUGAAUUUAGUGAUGGACAUCAAGGCAAAGGCAUUGAAAAGUGUAACGGAAGAUGAGGAAAGUAACGAUUUACAAAUGACAUCCAUUUUGGAUGUGUGUACAUUAUUGUAUGAUGAUAAUUUGUAUGGUAAUUUGAAGCCUUAUAUGAAGAAUUUAAAAUUCAGCAUCCUUUUAAAACACGAAUUUUCAAUGUAUAUCAAGCUAUGGCCCUCCAUAGUGCCUAUAGCCGGUGUUUGGAAGUCGUUACACGAUUUACUGAAGAAGAAACAUAACUGGGUCAAAGAUGAAAACGAAGAUCUAUUAUUAUGGACUUUAUAUGAAAUUGUAUUACAAACUCCUUCAUAUGUGAGGACUAUACAUAAUGAGUGCUUCAAAAAUAUUGUGGAUGAACUGCUCGAAAGAUUUAAAGAAACUCCGGCACGCGUUCAAAACAAAGUGGUGUUCGCCUCUUUGCUGUUUCUAAAGGCGGAAUAUGAUAUUACCGAAGCCAGUUUGAAAUACGGAUGGAAGGUCCAACAAACAACAGAUCCGGAACAAGUGCAAGUGACACGUACCAUAGAGCAGGAGCAUAGAGCUUUGACACACGCCCUAAAAGCAGUUGACGUAUUGACAGACAUCUUGCCGUAUUUGAAAACAGAAAAAACAUCGCCGCGUAUACUCACCAGUUCCCUCCAGAUAUGGCAAGUUUUCGUACAGCAACUGCUAUGUAUGGAGCAGUUGGCACACGGCUUGCACUUGGCGCUCAUUUGCUGCCAAGUCGCUGAAGUUAGUGAAGAUAAACUAGCGUAUGUGAGAAACGCUAGCGCUCUUAUAAGCUAUAUGACGAAAAAUGGCGAAUUUGAACCUAUAAUGGUGCAAGCGACGAAGUAUUGUGGAGGGCUACUGGUGAAUGCUGAAGAUUUAGAUGUUGCUUUGGUUUUCCUUUGCGAGAUGGCGCGUUAUUACGUGAAAUGUGGAAAGAUCAGUGUUUCAGCGAAGUUGGUGGAAACUGUGCAGAAGAAAUUGCUUUGGGCUCAGGAGAAACAUCCGGGUGUAAAUUUUUCACUCUCCACGGGCAGUUUGAUGUGUGCUCAGUUUUUGCUCAGACCGGACUCGGGGCUGACCACUCUGAGCGCUCUCAACGCCAUACAACGACAUUACCUGGCUACGUCCAGUGAUUCCGGGCGCUGGUGCGCGCGCCGCACGUGCACGGCGCAGGCGCAGCGUGGCGCGAGCACCGCCGGCGCGCGCGGCGCGGCCACUGCGCGUGCGCUGCGCGCGUGGCGCCGCGCGCUGGCCGCCGCCGCGCCGCGCGCGCGCCUCCCCGCCCGCGCCGCCGCGCGCGCCGCACUCGCCGUCGUCAACACGGCGGGGGACGACGCGCUGAUAAAGAUCGAUAACCGCCUCAAAUACAUCCUCGGGCUUCAACCGUCGAGUGAAGUUACACAAACAAACAUACAAAAACAACAACUGUUCACUCCGAAACAUACAAAUUUAGAAACCAUGAGAGACUGUAUGUUCAAAAAAAAUCAAACGAGCCCCUCUAUCCCUUGUAUACCCAUCCCAGCCUUCAAAUCUCCCGAAUUUAUGUCCCAUACAAGUUGCACGUGCUACGCUUGCGAACCAGUAUGUACAAUACUUGCAUGCAACAUAUCGUUUCUUGAAUCAUCCACGUAUUUCAGAGCCAAAGAAUUUGAUGUAGCAAGAAAUUAUUUUAAUGGUACUUUUGAAAUGUUUGAUUUGGCUGAAAUUAAAUUGAAAGCUAUAUUCGACGGUUUUAAACCAAGAUUUAAUUAUUCAGUUAUAAAAGUUCUUAAAGAUAUGUAUAGUAAUGAAUUUAAUAAUGUUUAUAUCGAGUUUUUGGUGGAGCUUUCGUUUUUUCAUUUGGCCCAAAAUGAAUUUGAGAAAGCAGACGAUUGUAUCAUAAAGAUACAUGAAGUUAUGACAGGAACAGAUGUAGAUGCGUAUUUAAGGAACGAAGUUCACAAUCUAAUGGUCGCAUCAGCGCAAAUAAGAGAAAUCGUUAAGUUUAAACCGAAAGAAACCGGCUUAGAAAAUGAAUUGGAAAAUCUUAAACUAAGCCCCGCAAAAGAAACAGAUUUACCAAAAACUCCAGAGACCAAAAUAAUGCCAAAAAUACAGACGGUUAAAAUAGUUAAAGACGAAGAGAUACCAAAAAAACGUAAAGUCAUCAAGUUAAAUUUAGACGAAACGAGCCCCGACGAAAUAGAAAAAACGGAGAAAUCGAAACCGAAGUUCAAAAUACCGGUGCCUAAACCGAUUACGUCGAAACCUGUUUUAGAAACCAUAACACCCAGGAAAACCCGGUCUAAACCAGAUAUAACCAUACAAAAACCAUCUUUGGAUGAUGAUUUCGAAGUUUUUACUCCAAAAGUGGAAAAUGAAUCGCAAUUUUUUACUCCCUGCCAGUCGACUCCGGCGGAACAGUUUUUCACACCAAUGACUUCAUUGAAAACGUAUUCGAGGAGAAUAGUUAAAAAUUUAGAAGCAGAAUUUUCUACUCCAAAAGCAAAUGUGAGUAUAAAAGAGAGAGAUACACAGCGAAAGAAUAAAGUUGAAAGUGGUUCCGUAAAAUCCCUAAAAGAUAAAAGAAUCCUAAAAAGGAAUACCAGUCCAGGAAAAUUGGUUGAGGAAAAACCGGUUUUGACGAGAACCAGACGAAUCCGACAACCGGUUUUGACUGAUAAUAAA